CUCUCACAUCACAACCCUUCAGCUCGCCUGGAUGGAGUCACCUGCCUAAAGAAAACCCAAAAAUACUCAAGUAAACUGAAAGGAGGCCCUAAUUCCUCCGCGAGUGAAGUCAGAGGACCGGAAGUCGUUGCAUCGGGUCAGAGGGGAAUACAACAAACUCGCCGGCCUCUCACAUACUCGUCUCUCGCAAGUUCGCUCCUCUCGCAUACAAACAGAACAUACCAAAGACUGACAACGUUCCCCCAGAGCCCACCAUGCUACCCACGCCAGACACUUCCCACGUCCCCUUCGAGCGGGUCUACGAGCCGGCGGAGGACUCGUAUCUCCUCCUGGACACCCUCUCCGCCCCCUCGGAGACCCAAUUCCUCACCUCGCGCUUCGGCACCACCACCCCUCCCUCGUCCUCGUCGCCUUUGCCGACCCCUGCAGCGCCCCUCGUUGUCGAGAUCGGCACCGGCUCCGGCGUCGUAGUGGCCUUCAUCACCGCCCACGCCCUCACCCUCUUCGGCACCCCCCACGUCCUUACCUCGGGCGUCGACCUCAACGGGCACGCCUGCAAGGCCACAAACUCCACCGUCCUCCGCGCGCGUACCGAGAACCUGGCCACCUCGUCGCAAUCGUGGCUCGGCGCCGCCAUGGGCGACCUCACGGCCCCGCUGAAGGAGGGCAGCGUCGACGUGCUGGUCUUCAACCCGCCUUACGUUCCCUCGCCGGAGCUCCCCGCGCAGACGUCCGGCGCGUUGGUCGCGGACGGCGAGAGGAAGACGACCUUUGACGAGGACUCGUACCUGCUCUCGUUGUCGUAUGCUGGCGGGCAGGACGGGAUGGAGACGACGGACCGGCUCAUCGAAGCGCUGCCAGGGGUACUGUCGCAGAGGGGGUGUGCGUACAUCCUGCUCUGUGCGCAGAACAAGCCGGAGGAGGUCAAGGCCCGCAUUGAGCGGCUUGGGGGGGGAUGGAGGGCCAUCACGGUGGGGGAGAGCGGUAAGAAGGCCGGAUGGGAGAAGUUGCAAAUCGUCAGGGUGUGGAGAGAUGGGCAGCAUGAGCCGUAGCUUU